ACGCUUUGUUGGUUAACCUAGAUGAUGAUCAUCGCAAUUUGUAUUUCGCGCACAUUUUCGUAGAGCAAUGGUGGAGGAUUGUUUUUUGUUCGAUUAAAGCAUCAGAGGAGUUCUUGUCUAAGCUUGACCACAUACCUUUUUGGCCAUUACGAGUAUAGUUGAAAAACACCCAAAUCUUUGGAGACACUCUUUUCUCCAUUUAACUAUAGUUUAUUUCUGAGAGGGUAAAGGAUAUUAUUAAGUUUACGAAAAAAUUUUUGUUUAAUAUUAUUAAAGUGUCAUUGUCUAAAAUUCGUGAUACCAUCACUUGAAUUUUGUUCAUCUAAUUUUCUACAUAAUUGAAAAAAAAAAAUGAACAUUAUAAUAAAAAGUCUGUUCUAAAAAACAGAAGUGAAAAGACUAAUCGGGUGCGGUUAAAUGUUAUAGAUCAUUAUAAAAUAAAGCUUUAAAGUGAUUAAGUGUCAGUAAUUGAAUUCUUAGGUAAUCAUUAUGGGUAUGAUCUGAUUUUGGAGCAUCAUGACUGUCGAUUUUGCUGAUUAUUUUUGGGGUGAAAAGAAUAAUGGAUUUGAUGUUUUAUAUCAUAAUAUGAAGCAUGGUGUAGUAGCAAGUAAAGAACUGGUGGAUUUCCUCCGAGAAAGAUCAGCAAUUGAAGAAAAUAAUUAUAAGUUAUUGAGUAAAGUUGCUAAACAAGCAAGUAAUACCAGUAGCACUCAAGGAACGUUUGCUCCAGUAUGGGCAGCAUUGAGAGGUGCAGCAGAAAAAUUAGCUGGUUUACAUUUACAACUAGCUCAUAAAGUAGCUGAGCUUAUUAAAGAUGUCUCAAAAUAUGCUGAUGAACUUCAUAGAAAACAUAAGACUGUAAAGGAGGAAGAAUCUUCGACACUAGAAGUUGUUCAAAACAUGCAAAGUGUUACAUUAACUCUUCAGAAAGCUAAAGAUAUGUGUCUCCAGAGAGGACUUGAACUGGAAAAAUUGAAAAAAGAUAAUGCAAGUCAAAAAGAAAUUGAGAAAGCUGACGCGAAAUUUAAAAAAGCACAAGAUGAUUACAAAGCUCUUGUAGAUAAAUACACAACUAUUAGGAAUGAUUUUGAGACAAAAAUGACUCAUGCUUGCAGAAGAUUUCAAGACAUUGAGGAAGCACAUCUUCGCCAAAUGAAGGAAUUCUUGAACACAUACGCUGAUGUUCUUCAGUCAAAUCACGAACAAGUUGGUCAAAUACAUAUCGAUUUCAAGCGUCAAUGUUUGGAUAUGACGGUGGAUAAGCUGUUGGAACAAUUCGUACAAUCGAAGUACACGGGGUUCGAAAGGCCAGGUAAUGCGCAUAGACGCUUUACCUACGAGAGGUCAAGCAUUGAACAAGAUUUAAUCAACGAAGGUGAUAUUCGUAAUGCAUCAGGGGUGAUCGAGUACGAGGAGGUGAUGACUAAUCUCGCAGAGGUAGCAAAUCCAACUCAGUCAAUCGAUGCCGGGAAUGAAAUCAAUGUCAAAGAUGUUAAAGAAGCCACUAAAGGAACCAAUGGAGAAACAGGUGUUGCUGGUAAUAAACAAUGCAUUAAAAGUCAGAGCACUAAAGUAGAUGAUUGGCAAGGGAAUAGGGAGAAUUUAACGAAAAAAGAAAAGGAUAUUAAAGAUGUGAUGUAUAGAGUACAGGAUAAAGAUGCUUCUGAAGGCUUUCGUCGUACCACCUCACUUCUCAAUCUGUUUAUGUCCAACUCCCAUGGAUUUCUUCGUAGUCGACGUGAAAAACGUAAGGAGAAAAAAGCGAGAAAAAAAAAGGAUUCAAUGGAUACAAUUAGCAACAAGGAAGAAAAAUCUGAUUUAGAAGAAAAAGAUGAAAGUCGCAAAUCUAAAACACCAACACCUGAAGUUGAUGAAGAUGGAUAUUGUAUACGACCGAAAUCUGACCUUUGGGAGAAUGAAAAAGGUUUCUAUUCUAGUUCUGAUACCGAAUCUGAUGAUGAAAGAGAAAGAAAAAUUCACGUUGAGAUAAAACCUUUAAGUAAUGGAGGAGCUCCUAUGAGUGCUAGUGUUGACGAACUUAGAGCAACUGUCGAAAAUCUAUCAUUGUCUCCUGCUCCUACGGGUCGUCGAGGAUCCAAUACAGAUUCAGAGCACCAUAUGAAACGAUCUCAAUCAGUUUCACAACAAUUAGGUGGAAAGCCAAGUUCGGAUCUUUUAGGGCUUAAUCUUUUUAAUCCAAGUAAUACGCCCUCUAGUGCCUCAACACCUACCACAAAUCAUCCCUAUGCUCCACUUCAAAGUCCAUCUCUUAUGCCAAUGUCACCAAUUCAACAAAUGGCACCUCCACAAUCGGCACCUGCUAUUCAAACACGAUGUCCAGAAGGUGAUCUAUUUCCCGAAGUGGGAGAUAUAACACCAGCUCUACCACCAAAACAAUCAGCAUCAUCAACCCCAACGGGAUCAAUAAUAAUUCCAAGGCCACCAUCAAGACGGAGUGAAAGUGGGCUUCGUGGGAGAAUGUCACCUGCAACAAUAUCUCGAGCUGAUAGUGUGGCAAGCUUAGAAUUUCGUACAGCGGGUGUUGGUAUGGGAUCAUCAAGAGGUCCUUCGCCGUUGACAAUUGGUCUUACUGAUACUAUUCCCCUUGCUGUGGCCUUUCAUGAAAUUGUACACUCAUAUUUUCGUGGUACAAAUGAAACACGGUGUCAAGUAAAGUUGAGUGGAGAUAUGAUGCUUUCAUUUCCUGCUGGUAUUGUUGCUGUUUUUGCCAACAAUCCAAGUCCUGCGAAACUUAUGUUUCGGAUAAAAAACAGUAAUCGUCUUGAGAGACUGGUUCCAAACAAUCAACUGGUUAACAUAGAUGCAUCACAGACAAUAGCGGAUAGUACAGUAUUUGAAUUCAACAUGAGUGCCUUAACUACAUUACUACGCCGCCAAGCUGAGCAAAAUCCAACAGCUUCUUAUUUUAAUGUUGACAUACUCAAAUAUAAUAUUAAAAAUAAAGAAGGUGCUGCUUCAUGUCCUUUUCAACUUGUUUCAUAUUGGAAAUGUGAAUCAACUCAUACAGACUUGAAGAUUGACUAUAAAUAUAACAAUCGGGCUAUGGCUUCACCAAGUCCUUUGUUGAACCUUCAUGUCGCAGCGCCGAUAGAUGGUGGACUUAAAUCAUUUCACAGUAAACCUCCAGCUCAAUGGUUACCUGACACCAAUCGUUUACUUUGGAAAUUCACCGAAUUGUCUCAACAUAGUGAAGGCAAUGGUGUUGGAUCAUUGAAAGCAAGAAUCGAGUUAACUCAUGGACCAGGAACCCAGGGUACCAUUUUUACUCAAUUUAAUUGCGAAGGCACUACAUUAUCUGGUGUUGAGUUUGAAUUAAUUGGACCUGGUUAUAGAGUGAGUCUUGUUAAACGUCGAUUCGUUUCAGGGAAGUACAUUUGCGAUGGAGACACUGAUAUAAGAUCACGUUAUGCUGCUCCACCAUCAAGUAUUGAUUAAUAUUUGUCUUGACGGAAGCUGUUGUGAAAGAAUCUGCUCAUUUAUAUACUGUCGUUUGGUCAUGUAUUGUAAAGUGAAUGAUCCAGAUAGAGCCAAUGGUAUCUAAAAUGAAGGUCCUUUAAUACCAAAGAGAACAAAUGGAUCAAUAGAUCCAUUUCUGAAUAUUUAGUUUCAUGGUUGUUAAUGUUCUCUUGUGAUAUGAACUCAACAGCGACAAGAAUUUAGUUAAAUGCAUUUUUUAUGAAUAACUUUAUUGAUUAUAGAAAAAUAUGAUCCUUAUAUCAAACAUAAAUGUAUAUCAAAGAUAAUGCAAAAUCAGAUAAAGAUUUCAUGAAAGAACACCAAAGGCUAAAGCGCUAAGUGUUGAUGGUCAUAUUACGUACUAUAGGAGCAUCUUUAUUUUAUCAGAAAUCUUAUGAUUUAUAUAAUUUUUAAUUAAUCAUUUACUUUUUUAUUCAAUUAAAAAACCACGCUUUAAACAGAAUCAUAAUAAAUGAAGAAUAUAGGAUUAGCUGAAAUGACAGAAUGUUUUUACAAAUAUUCUAACAUUUACCGAAACAAAUUUGUAAUCAAUCAUUAAUUUUUCACUUCAAAUAAAUC